AUGGGUCAAGGUCAGUCCUCCCGCCAGGGUGCAGCAGAUGAACCGCACGAUGCUUUCGAGAGAGACUUUUACGCGAUCUUAGGGGUGGAACGGGAUGCCACAGCUGAAGAGAUCAAAAAAGCAUACCGGCGAAAGGCACUUGAGCUACACCCGGAUAAGAACUACGGAAAUGUUGAGGAGGCCACAGAACUCUUUGCGGAGGUGCAGUCGGCGUAUGAAAUACUUUCAGAUCCCCAGGAACGCGCCUGGUAUGACUCGCAUAAAGAUGCGGGCGGCAGCGGUGAUACGGGCGCGCAGGGGCCAGAAAACUCGCGAUUUACGGCGGCCGCUGAUGUCAUGUCGCUAAUCAUGAAGUUCAACCCUCGCAUGGAGUUUUCUGAUGCGCCCACGGGCUUUUUUGGAGGACUCAAUGAUACCUUCAGCCGGCUGGCUAGUGAAGAGCUCGUAGCCUGCCGGUGGGGGGACCUAGAGCCCAUCCACUACCCCUCUUUUGGCUGCAAAGACGAUCCCCCUGAUUCCAUACGCAAAUUCUACGCUGCCUGGAGCAGUUUCGCCACGAAAAAAUCCUACGCGUGGAAGGAUGUGUACAAGUACUCCGAGGCCCCUGACCGUCGUGUGCGACGGCUGAUGGAGAAAGAAAACAAGCGUCUGCGCGAAGACGGUAUCCGGGACUUCAACGAUGCGGUCCGGUCACUGGUUGCCUUUGUGCGGAAGCGAGACCCUCGAUACAAGGCUACGGUCCAGAGCGAAGCGGACCGUCAACGGAUCCUCCGUGACUCCGCGGCUGCCCAGGCUGCCCGUUCCCGACAGGCUAACGAGGCUAAGCUACGGGAAUUUACGCUCCCUGAGUGGGCUCAGACAGCGGAAGCUGAGGAGGAGGAUUUUUUCCCCAGCGAAUCCGAGUCUGAGCAGAACCACUUUGAGUGCGUGAUAUGUAACAAGAAUUUCAAGAGCGAGAAGCAGUUUGAAGCCCAUGAACGAAGCAAGAAGCACGUCAAGGCGCUUAAGCAACUGCAGCGUGAGAUGAAACUCGAGGACAAGCACCUCAACCUGGACACAGUGGAGCCCGGGGAGAUGGAGCCAAUGUCUGAUGCUGAUGGGCAUGAAUAUGAAGAUGAGCUGACGGGGCCUCAAACCCCAGUAUCAGAGCAGGAACUAGACGGGCCUGGACCUGCUGAUGAUUCAGACAGGAGUGUAUCCCAUGAACCACCAGAGGCUACCGCUGCCCAACCCGACCCACCAGGGGAUGAAGGUACAGACAGACUAGAAAGCGAUGAGAUUGACGAAGAAGAAAUCCGAAAACAUGUCCUGGGGGGUAGCCAAGACACAGAUUCUAUAACAGAUAAACUCACGUCCCUAUCCACCGGCCAGGCAAAAGGCCAGGACGAGGAAGAAGAAGAAGACAUCCUCCCAACCAAGAAGCCAGGCAAGGCCAAGCAGAAACGCGCCAAGAAGGCCGCUGCUGCCCAGGCGGCGGGAGCAGAGCAGUUUAUCUGCGCUGUGUGCCGAGAAUCUUUUACAUCCAGGAGUAAGCUGUUCACUCAUCUGAGAGAAGAAGGCCACGCUUCGGCUCCAGCGAGCCAGAAGCAGCAGCAAGCAUCGAAGAAGAAGAGAAAGUGA